UAUAAGUCACCUUAACUCUUCCCUCACGUGACUCUCUUCUUCAUCUGCUUCUUCACACACACACACACACACACACAAAUUAACCAUCGACCUUUUCCUCAAUUCACUAAACCUCAAAAUCUCAACCACAGCACCCAAUCUCUGAGAUGAUACCCCCUCAGCAACAAAACACUAUUACACCACACACUCCGGACAUCACAAAUCGGCCGGAGAACACCUCCGUCCACGCCGAAUCACCAGCAAGAUUUUCAAUUCCUCACCAAAUUCGGCGUCCUGUUACUCUCAAAUUUGAGGAUGUUUCAUAUAGCAUAACCCUCGGAAGGAAGAAGAAUGUUUGUGUAACUUCAUCACAAGAGGCGAAGCAAACUCGCAAAGUGCUGAACGGCGUGACGGGGAUAGUGGGGCCAGGGGAGUUUAUGGCAAUGCUGGGUCCAUCAGGGAGUGGCAAGACCACCCUGCUCACCGCCCUCGCUGGCCGUCUCGCCGGAAAAGUCACCGGAACCAUCACUUACAAUGGCCACCCUUUCUCAAGCUUCAUUAGGCGCAACACAGGGUUUGUGUCCCAAGAUGACGUGUUAUACCCUCACCUCACCGUUCUUGAGACACUUGCCUUCGCUGCUUUGCUCAGACUUCCCAAGAGCCUCACUAGGGAAGAGAAAGUGGAGAAAGCUGAGAAUGUCAUCGUUGAACUGGGGCUGUCAAGGUGCCGGAACAGCCCCGUUGGCGGCGGAACCGCCGCUUUCCGGGGUAUUUCCGGCGGGGAGCGGAAGCGGGUCAGUAUCGGGCAGGAGAUGCUUGUGAACCCGAGUUUGUUGUUGCUCGAUGAACCCACAUCCGGCCUUGACUCCACGACGGCGCAACGCAUCGUAGCGGUGCUCCGGAGCCUGGCACGCGGUGGCCGGACGGUGGUGACCACCAUUCAUCAGCCUUCUAGCCGGUUGUAUAGGAUGUUUGAUAAGGUGGUGGUGUUGUCGGACGGGUACCCGAUUUACAACGGGCAAGCGGAUCGGGUCAUGAAUUAUCUUGAGUCCAUGGGCUUUGUACCCGCUUUCAGUUUCAUGAACCCGGCUGAUUUUCUUCUUGACCUUGCUAACGGCAUAGUUGCUGAUGUCAAACAGGAUGAUCAGAUAGAUCACCAUGAGGAUCAAGCUUCAAUCAAGCAGUCCCUAGUUUCAUCCUACAAGAAGAACUUAUACCCUCUUCUCAAGGAAGAGAUUCAGCGGAAUGAUAGCAAUCCAGCAUUUUUUACUACAGGAACACCCAGAAUACCAUGGCUAAAUGAUAUUUAUGCAUUUUUGGUAGGUACUGAGAACCAAUGGGCCACAGGCUGGUGGGAACAAUUGAAGGUUCUGCUUAAGAGGGGCUUAAAGGAGAGGAGGCAUGAGUCUUUUUCUGGCUUAAGGAUUUUCCAAGUCUUGUCUGUCUCAAUUCUUUCAGGACUUCUAUGGUGGCAUUCUGAUUCCUCACAUAUACAAGAUCAGGUAGGCCUGCUUUUCUUCUUCUCCAUCUUCUGGGGAUUCUUCCCUCUCUUUAAUGCCAUCUUUGCAUUUCCAUUGGACCGGCCAAUGCUGAUGAAAGAACGAUCAUCAGGCAUGUACCAUCUCUCCUCCUACUACAUUGCCAGGAUGGUUGGGGACUUACCAAUGGAGCUUGCUCUUCCUACCAUCUUUGUAACCAUCACCUACUGGAUGAGUGGUCUCAAGCCUUCACUGGUUACAUUUGUGUUAACCCUCUUGAUCAUGCUUUUUAAUGUGCUAGUCUCUCAAGGAAUAGGCCUAGCACUUGGUGCCAUUCUAAUGGAUGUUAAACAGGCCACAACUCUAGCUUCAGUAACAAUGCUGGUGUUUCUUUUAGCUGGUGGUUACUAUAUUCAGCAAAUGCCAUCUUUUAUAGCUUGGUUGAAGUACAUUUCUUUUAGUCACUAUAGCUAUGAGCUUCUGGUAGGAGUUCAGUACUCGGUAAAUGAGGUUUAUGAGUGCGGACCAAGGUUAUAUUGUAGGAUAAGAGAUUUUCCUGCCAUUAAGUGUCUCGGGCUUGAUAAUAUGUGGGGAGAUGUGGCUGUGUUGACUGUAAUGUUGAUUGGAUACAGAGUUGUGGCUUAUCUAGCUUUGAGGAUGGGGCUGCAUCAUUGACUAGAGACUUCAUAGUAGAUCAGGGACCAUAAUAUUAAUUUACACAUUUGGUUGUUUGGAUCACCACCUCAGUUGAAGUGGCAAUUCUAUUUAAGCUAUAAGGAGCAUACCUUAAAUCCUUGUAAUCAAAUGAUAUGAAAUGAAGCAAUUAAAAUUUGU